AUGAUUGAAUCCAUCCUACCGGCCAUUGUCAACAACUGGCCCAUAGCCCUGGCCGUCGUUGUGGUGGGCUAUCUACUGAGCAACUACUUCAACCAUGGCCUCAACAAAUAUCCUGGACCGGUAUUGGCGAGGUUUACGGAUUGGUGGAGGUUCUUCGAUGUCCUUGGGCGACGACCAGAUAUUACACACCUCAAAUUACAUCGCCAGCAUGGAGAUGUCGUGAGGCUUGGACCCAAUGCCCUCUCAUUCUCAAACCCAAAGGCUUUGAAGACCAUUUAUGGCCUGAACAAGGGCUUCGUCAAGUCUGGAUUCUACCCGGUGCAAAUGGGCGUCAGCAAGGGCAAACGUCUGCCUUCGCUUUUCUCCACGACUGAUGAGUCGUAUCAUGCAAAUCUUCGCAGAUCCGUGAACAAUGCAUUCGCAAUGAGCCAACUGGUCCAGUAUGAGCCCGGCGUUACCCAAUGUAUCGAGGUCUUUUUGGACCAGACGGAGAAAAUCUUUGCCAGGCCAGACAAGGUGUGCGAUUUUGCACUGUGGCUUCAAUACUUUGCUUUCGACGUUAUUGGGUACAUCACAUACAGCAAGCGACAUGGCUUCAUAGAGAGAAAUGAGGAUGUCGACGGUAUGAUUGCAUACCUCGGGCGGCUCUUCUCUUACGUAGCACCGGUUGGGCAAAUGCCCUGGCUAGACCUACUGUUUCUGAAGAAUCCCCUGGUCCUCUUGCUUGACCGACUUGGAUUCAAGCUCUUUGCGUUUCCAGUCGCGACAUUUGCUGUUCAACGAAUGCAGGAGAGGCUCGCGGAAAUGGAGGCGCAGGGCAUUGAAAAGGGAACGGAGAAGCCAGAUCUUCUGUCCAUGUUCCUGAAGGCGCAAAAAGACCGGCCGGAAUUCAUGACCGACCAGAGGGUUCUGACCAUGGCUGUGUCGAUGGCGUUUGCUGGAUCCGAGACCACAGCCAUCACUCUGGCGGCUGCGUUUUACUAUCUGGUCCGCAACCCUCGGUGCUAUGAAAAACUGAUGCAAGAAUUGAACGAAGCUGUCGAGGAAGGGCGGAUUGAGGACAGACCCAGUGGUACGAUCACGUGGGCCGAGUCCCAACAACUCCCUUACCUUGACGCAUGCAUCAAAGAAACAUUCAGAAUGCACCCGGCUGCAGGACUGCCUCUUGAAAGAAUCACGCCGCCGCAGGGGAUUGAAAUUGACGGCCAUUUUGUUCCUGGGGGUACGAUUGUCGGUUGCAAUGCGUGGGUCAUCCACAAACGCGAGGAUGUUUUUGGCUCGCAGGUCGACAGCUUCAUUCCCGAGAGAUGGCUCGAUGUCGGAAAGGAGCAGCUGAAGGAGAUGAAUGGCAAUCUGUUCCAGUUCGGGGCUGGCUCCCGAACAUGUAUCGGAAAGAACAUCAGUUUGCUGGAGUUGUACAAGUUGGUUCCAGCUUUCCUGCGUCGAUUCGAGAUACGUCUUGACGACCCGAACCGAGACUGGAAACUUCACAACGCUUGGUUCGUCAAAGAGAACGACUUCUACUGCCGCUUCAAGCCCCGGAAGAUGCGAUAG